GAGCAAAGCGUGGGUUUAGUAUUAAGCGAACCGUAUUUUAAUGCCAGUGAUCUUCCGUGGAAUCACUUGCGUUUGUGGUCUCUUCUCAAUGAGAUUCCUCCAAAUGUAUUGACAAAUGAUGUGAUUUUAAUGCCAAACAAAGCUGUUAUUAAAGCGAUUCCAAUAGAAUUCGAUGACUUAUGGAAAAUCAAUGCCGACGUGGGCUGUGAUGUGGAAGGCUUUGACUUAAGCGCUUACGACCAGUUGAUCCGAUCGGCUAAAGCCAUGAGCGACCCCUCCAUUGAGUCGCACCCCCUCUGGGAAUAUGCGGGCAAAGCGAUGGCCGACAAGCCUUUAGAGCUGUUUUGCUUGAGAGUUGCAAUGAAUGCCAAACAAGUAGUAUUAGUUACGGGAGGAACAGGUCUUGUGGGCAAAGCCAUAGAAUCUGUGGUCAAUUCGAGUGGCGAUGAGUUUAAGAUGUAUUCAUUCGUAUUCAUCGGUUCCAAAGACGCCGACCUCUCAGACUUGGCUCAAACUCGAGCUCUGUUCCGCCGAAUUGGACCCAAUUAUGUGAUACAUUUGGCAGCACUGGUCGGCGGACUCUUCCACAACAUCAACAAUAAUCUACAAUUUCUUCGCACGAAUCUCGCCAUCAAUGAUAACGUACUGCUUAUGUCUCAUGAGAUGAAUGUCAAGAAAUGCAUAUCAUGUCUGUCGACAUGUAUUUUUCCGGACAAAACCAGUUAUCCGAUCGACGAGUCAAUGAUCCAUUUGGGACCUCCGCACGACUCAAACUUUGGCUACUCUUAUGCCAAACGAAUGAUUGAUGUCCUCAACAAAGCGUACGCUAACGAGUACUCCAACGCCGGCGACAGAACCCACAAAACUUUGUUCACUUCAAUAAUACCGACAAAUGUUUUCGGAAGUUAUGAUAACUUCAAUGUCAAUCACUCGCAUGUAAUCCCGGGUCUCAUCGCUAAGGCAUAUAAGGCCGUCACUGAAGCCAAAGAGAAGGGGGCCAAAAGUGCCAAAUUGGUUGUGUUUGGAAGCGGAGAACCAAAGCGUCAGUUCAUAUAUUCAAUAGAUUUGGCGAAACUAAUUGUUUGGGUAUUGAAGUCAUACGAAGAGAUCGAACCAAUUAUUCUGAGUGUCGGCGAAGAGGAUGAGAUCAGUAUCAAAGAAGCGGCACAACUGGUCUCCAAUGCAUUCACCGAUAAUGACAUGACAUUAGAGCUCGAAUUCGACAACAACUAUAGCGACGGACAGUUCAAAAAGACGGCAAACAAUGCAAAACUUCGCAAAUAUUUACCACACUUUGAGUUCACGCCAAUUGAUGUCGGAAUCAAAGAAACUGUUGAGUGGUUCCGACAGAACUACUCGAUCGUCAGAAUUUAACAUUCAAUAUAUGAAUCAAAAGAGAUGUUAAAUGAAAUAAUUUGUCAGUAAAUAAUGAAUUCUCAAUAUA